AUAAUUUAUUAGGCAUACUUUGACGCGGGAUGCCCUUCCUGACGCGCCCUCGCUGCAAUCGCGUUUUUUGGCCAGCAGGAGGAGAUGUGUAAACAAUGAAGCGUGGGAAAAAAAAAACUUUUUGUGAACAAAGCGUUAAGAACGCUUCAAACCUUCAUCAAGCUUCAUCUGCCAUCACUACUUAAUCUUCAUUACAUCUUUUAGUAUAAUGCUUGUCUAUAAAUUUCAGUAAACGUGGAUGAGAAGCCUGCCUGAGAAGCGGAGAGACAAAAGUUGUUAAUGAUUGGUUGAAUUCAAAUUGAUGUCAUCCAAUCAAAUUUAUGAAAUACUUAGUUUUUCGGAGUGGACCAAUCAGCGCCGGCGUGUCGAGAGCAGUUCGCUUUAAAAGCCGCCCACGGCCUCGAAAGAAAGUUGUUCAACAUUGUGACGGAGGGAUGGCGAGAACUAAGCAAACAGCCCGCAAGUCCACCGGCGGGAAAGCCCCCAGGAAGCAGCUGGCGACCAAAGCUGCCCGCAAGAGCGCACCCGCUACCGGCGGUGUCAAGAAACCUCACCGCUACAGGCCCGGCACCGUGGCGCUCCGUGAGAUCCGCCGCUACCAAAAGUCGACUGAGCUGCUCAUUCGCAAGCUCCCCUUCCAGCGCUUGGUCCGGGAGAUCGCUCAAGAUUUCAAGACUGAUCUGCGCUUCCAGAGUUCCGCGGUCAUGGCGCUCCAGGAGGCCAGUGAGGCCUACCUCGUCGGUUUGUUUGAGGACACCAACUUUCAUUCAUUUGCUACUCUUCGCACUGGUAUCACGAUGUCUGGUAGAGGAAAAGGUGGGAAGGGACUCGGUAAAGGAGGCGCCAAGCGCCACCGCAAAGUCCUCCGCGACAACAUCCAGGGUAUCACCAAGCCCGCUAUCCGCCGUCUGGCUCGCCGCGGCGGGGUCAAGCGGAUCUCCGGCCUCAUUUACGAGGAGACUCGCGGCGUGCUCAAGGUCUUCCUGGAGAACGUAAUCCGCGACGCCGUCACCUACACGGAGCACGCCAAGAGGAAGACCGUGACCGCCAUGGAUGUGGUGUACGCUCUCAAGCGCCAAGGACGCACUCUCUACGGCUUCGGAGGUUAAGUUCUCCACGUCGUCCGUUGAACAACCAAAGGCCCUUUUAAGGGCCGCUCACUUAUCUCUCACUGAGAGCUUUCAUUCCGCAGUAGAUUUAAUGGGACUGUUGGAGCCGAAACGUUACAUGUAUAUUUUUUUGGGGGAAAAAAAACCUACUAGUAGUCCUGAUUUGUAGAAAUUUGACGUAAUUUUAAAAUAAUUGGGCCAAUACUGAGAAUCAUUUGUGUGACGAGUGAGCUGAAGCGCUGUUGCUUUUUUCCACGCUUCAGUUGUUCCACUCAUUGGACUUCCCCUAACCCGCCUUUUAGUAGAAAGCCAGCACACAUCUUCAGCAAUGCCGCUCGAUUAUUCUCAACAGGCGAAUGAUUUGAAAUGUUUACAGAGUAGUAACAUGCGCGAAUGACUUGCACAAAAGAAACUUUUAAUGAAGAAACUGUUCUUUUAGCUUGACCGCCGCCGUGUGCCGAGCGGGACGGCUGGGAGCGGAAACGGAGCUGUUGAAGCUUUCUGGCACUCGUUUUUUUUUUUUUUUUGGAUAAUUCGGCGAAAGACCAACCAAUGAGCAGACAGCAUGCGGGCGGGGCAGGACUUAAUUUCGUGACACGACACCGAUGUCAUCGGCGAAUGACCAAUGAACAGCCGGCGUCGGGCCGUGAACAAUGAUUUGAUCCGGAGCAGGUGUACUCAGCGAUUACGUUGUUUUUUUUUUUUGCGUUUGCUAUUAGCUGUAAGGGUCACUGGGUAAUUUUAAGUGAGUCAUGUAAAUUAUUUAUGAAUCUAUAUAAUCCUCUGUGUCUCUCUGAUUUAAGACCCUUUUCAUAAUAAGGAAGCACUUUAUUACGAUAAAGGGUUAGGGUUUUGUUAGUUUUUUUGCUCUUUGUAAAAGGAAAUCUACCUUUUUAAUAAUUUCAUUUGUAAAAUUAAGUGAAGCAAGAUGAGGCACCUUUUCCUCUAACAAGCUUGCGGACCUGAGAGAGGACAGUU